AUGGCGGCAAUUUGUAAUAAUUUUGCCGUUGUAAUCCUGACUUUAUUUGUUGUCAUUGGUAUAAUUUCUUCAACCCAAGGUGCACGUUUAAGUGAUCCCAAGAUAUUACUCCCGUACCACAGUACAGUAGUAACCAAUUUUACUCUACAUAUCAAUUUAACCAAGGAAGAAUCUCACGUGCACGACAGUUGUUACACAUGGCGAUCAACUCAGCAAGAGGUAGCCACAGUCCAGCUAGUCAAUAGUACAGAUGGGGAGUGUGCGUUCGCAGCAGUUAUCUCGGCAGUCUCCAAAUCUUCCCACAGGAAAACGUCAAUUGUCUUGGCCGAGAAUAAAGUCACUCGUGAGAUAUUGAGAUGUAUUGUGAUCGUAGAAUCUCUGCAUCGGUUUGAGAUACAGACUACCACUCGCCUGCUAUAUCUUGAAGAUUCACCAGAGGAGCUUACUAUCCGUGGUUUUGAUGAAGAAGGAAAUGUCUUCUCCAGUCUUGCUGGUCUGCGCUUUGAAUGGAGCCUUGAACCAGAUACUUCAGCUGACCAGGACAUGGUCAUUGAUGCCAGCAACAUCCUGCGAAUCAUUAAGUUUUCAGAGUCACACUACACACGACCAUCCCACAUCGAUAGAUUGGAGGGACGCGGCCUACAGGGUGACAUGAUCUUGGUGGAGGGUAUUCGUACAGGCAGUGCCAAUGUUAAGUCUAUCAUACGUGACCCUGCCUACAAGAAUGUCUCGCCUUAUGUUGUGAAGAUCAUGGUCAUCGCAAACCUGAUGGUUAGUCCAGCUGAAGCCUAUGUCCUUAAAUACUCCACUGUGAAAUACACAGUGGAACUCAUCAAGCAGAAUUCCAUCAUUGAGAUUGCGAUGCCAUCAGAACAGUUUUAUUUAGAAGUCCAGGAUCACAUGAUCUGUGAGUUUAAUGCCAAGACAUCAUUUGCGACAGCGGCCGAGCUUGGUUCCACAGAGAUUGUACUGAUGGACAAAAAUAUAAAAAAUCAGGAUGUUCUGAGGCGUCCAUCUGCCAUGAUGUAUGUUGUCACAGCCAGUCGUCUGGCGUUCGUUAUCCUGCCCCACAAGAAAUGGGUUUUAGAAACUGGACGAGAAUAUGAAAUCAUCAUAGAAGUCUAUGAUAAAAACAGCCAUAAGGUCUACCCGUCUGAUAAUGUCAUCAUCAGGGCGCUGUUCCCUAAAGAAUAUUUCCAGGUCUUGUCCUCCACUAAGAACGGUACAUACCAUCUAGUAAAGACACUGGACAAAGGACAGACCGUGUUGGAUGGAACUCUGGGCAGUGUUAUCAGAACGGAUGGUUCGGAGUACCCGAUCAGUCCGGCCAUCAAACAGAUACAGCCAGUGGAGAUCUAUGAUCCUAUACUAGUGAAACCAUCAGAGCUCUUCUUUCCCUGGGACCCAAAGGUGCCAAUAAGUCAUCGCUAUCAACUCCAGGCUACAGGAGGAAGUGGAGAGUAUAUAUGGAAGUCAUCAGAGCCACGAAUCACUAAUGUUAACAUGCAUGGGGAGAUAACGACAGGUCACACAGGAAGCACCAACGUAACAGCAGCUGACACAAGGAACCAGGCCCACUGGGGUUUGUCUACUGUCCAUGUAUUGCCACCGUCGGACAUGUUGUUCCGCCCUAAAAGAGUCGAGGCUGCUGUUGGGACAGAUCUGGAGAUCCCCUUGGCUAUUUUUGCAUUGUUUAAAGGGACACCGCAGGAAUUCAACGACUGCAGAAUGAUGAGACUGAAUGUAACUUUUACUGACCAGACAGUGUUCCAGUAUUCAGAAGAUAUAACUUCCUUACCUGAUAAUGGGUGUCGCUUUGUAAAGGUCAGGGCAGUGAUCCAAGGUCACACAGAAGUGAAGGCCUCCUAUAUAGUAGGCAAUAUACAGCUUGAAUCCACAGUCACAAUUGCUGCUUAUGAUCCACUUCAGGCUGUGGAUCCAGAGAAGGAGGCUGUGGUUGCUGUGGGCUCUCAAAAAGAGGUGGUGUUCAGAGGUGGCCCCCAGCCCUGGGUCAUAGACUCAUCCAAGUACUUCCAAAUAUUGACACCUGAAAAUCCAAGCAUUGUCAAACAGCAUCAACUGGGAACAUUUGGCAACAAUAGAGGUUUCCAUAACUUCUUAGUGACCUGUAGAGAUAUUGGUAAACAGAAACUAACUCUCAGGGUUGGAAACGAGAAAACAGCCAAGAACCAGUACCCAGCUACAGAAGAAGUGUCUAUCAUAUACAACUGUGCUGCUCCAGUAGAACUACAUUUGACCCCCCUUGUAAAGAUGCCAGACAAGAACCUGCCUCCGUGUCCUGUUAUACGAGAUCCCACACAGUCGGUACCUGUACAUUGUAGCAGAGAUUUGGACAUUCUGGUGACUGUCACCGACUCGGCUGGCAAUAAGUUUGACAAUUUCUCCUCUCUUGAGUUUGAGUGGACACACACUGACCAUUCCUUAGGUUCCUUAGCCUUGGAGACUGGUCUUAUGACUGAGGUGACCACAUCCAGUGAAGGAGUCACCACCAUUAAAAACUUCCAGACCCUGAACCCAGCUGGCCGUCCUGGAUAUAUCACUGUAACUGCCACUGUGAAUCGCUACUUAGCCAAGUAUCUCAGGGAGGCUGGAUCAGGAAUAUAUGCCAACAUAUCACCACCCCUUACUAAGUCGCUUCAGUUAAAGUUGGUGGAGGAAGCUGUUGUAUCUCCAGACAUGAUAUCAGUGUUCAAUCACCCUUCUAACAAGGUGACAGUUCACGUACAGAAAGGUUCGGGGUACUUCUAUAUCCAUCCAGCCCAGUCUGACAUCGUGAAGAUCGACUACAGCGAUCAGAAACGCGAGAUGCUGGUAAAGCCUAUAUCAGAUGGCUCCUUGUCUGUGACCGUAUUUGACCUCUGUAUUGAUAUGCCAGACCCUCCUAUGGCUACGGUGUUCGUGUCAGGUGUAGGAAGUAUUCAGCUCUCUGCCAUGGACAAGGUGGAAGUUGGCAAGGACUUUCAGGCCAAGGUGAAGGUGUUGGAUAUGCAUGGUAAACCACUACAGGCAAGCUUCUUCCCCUUAAUGGGCCUCCGGCUGGUGCCUGCAUCUACCAUCAUCACAGUCAAGCCUGAUCUUGAGGCAGCAGAAGACAGAUUCACUGCAUUCUACACUGUACAUGGAGCAAUAGUGGGCCACACCUCCCUAGAGGCUCGGGCGACGCCCAGACCUGAUGUUGCAGUGACCAGUGUUGCCAAAGCUGUUGAGGUGUUUCCCCCACUCCAGCUAAUACCUCAGAAUAUUACACUGAUUAUUGGAGCACUCUUCCAGGUGCUCAGUAAAGGUGGCCCCACUCCUCAGUGUACAGUGCUCUUCUCAAUCGCCAAUGAUGACAUCGCUUUAGUUUCAAGCAGUGGACUACUUGAUGCUCAAGAACUGGGUUCAACAAGGGUCAUAGGUCAAGCUGUAGGUCAAGACCCAGAAACGGGAGAGACAAUCAUAUAUUCACAGGAUGAAGCACAGGUACAUGUUGUGCCUCUGACUGACAUCAGAAUCCACGCCCCACUGACACGUCUACAAACUGGCACACGGAUGCCCAUGUAUGCUGUCGGAACAACAGAACAUGAGACUCCGUUUACAUUUGGUAGUGCCAUCCCACCACUCACAUUCUCAUGGUCCGUCUCCAACAAAGAUGUUGUCUUUCUCGAGAACGUCUUCCAUUCGAGUGGUGUCUUUCCUCCAGAACAGAGUGACUUUGCCAACCAGCUGGUUGCUAGGGAACCUGGAAGGGUGACAGUCAAGCUGGAGGUCAGCCCAGCAAGAUUCCAGAAAAUCCAAGUUAGCGGUCAUAUGCAGCUAACUGAUGAACUACAGAUUGAGGUGUUCCAGAAGCUUGCUGUGAUCAGUCCGUCUGUGUGUGAUGGCAAACUUCUGAUGACUCCUAACACCGAGGCAGUCAUCAAAACAAACAGAGAUGGGGCAGCCAAAGUGAGCUACACAGUACUGCCAUCUAGUGGUGACCAGAGGGUCGUUGCCGUGGGAGAUGGAGGCUUAUUGAUUUCUGGACCAAAGGCUGGAGAGGCUGCCCUCCACAUCACAUCUCAGGAGGAGUUUGGUACUAACCAGACAUUAGUACUUCUAAUAAAGGUAAAACCUGUUUCCUACAUGAUGAUCAAUUCUGACACUAAACUGAGGACUUCUGGAGGGUUGCUGAAAAAGAUUCCAGUUGGAAGUACUCUUCAUUUAUCUAUCAGUUACCAUGACAACAUUGGAGAAAAGUUUUAUGCAACAAAUGUGAAAAUGCGUUACAGAUUUAGCAGGUAUGAUCUGGUACAAGCUGGUUAUGGCGUAGAAAAUAAUACCCUUGUUGUCAAGGUCUCAGAUGUUGGCCAAACUAUACUCAAGGUUUGGGACAAACAGAAUCCCUGGUUAGCAGAUUAUAUCAAUAUACAUGGAGACUACGCCAUCAUGCCUGUUAAGGUUGUCAUGUCCUUAGGAGAAAUUGUUUGUUUCCAGUCAUCACUGGUAUCGGAGAAAGGACACAGAGGGGCUUGGUUUUCCAGCAAUGGCAAUAUCCACGUUGACAAGGACUCGGGUAUCGCUAUUGCUACAGGAGUUGGACAAUCUUUUGUAGACUAUAACAUUUCCAGCACAGUGUCUACAUACAUGGAGGUGACAGUUUCGCCAAUCAGUAAGUUGACACUGGACAACAGUGUGGACCACUUGACCAAUGUCCAGUCUAGAGGGAAAGCUCCCUUCAUUACUGUCGUCCUGGAUGAUGAAAAUGAAGUUUUGGGAGAAAACUGCACAGCUAGAAUCCAGGAAUACCAUUUCCAUCCUAAACAUAUUCCUUUCUGGUGUGAAUUGGAACUCGCCGGCAAGACGCCUGAUAUCGGUGUAGAGGAUCUUUUCACCACACACCCCGACUUUGAUUUGAAGACAGGGAAGUUUGGAUGUCAGAUAAACCAAGUGUCAAGACCAAUGAUACAACAGCAGAUUAGUACAUUAAAUGUAGACUUGACCUUGUCAGUAGGAGUCGCAUCCCGUGAAGGUCAAAGGCAGGUCAUGCCGCAACAGCUCAUAUUCAGCUUCCUACCUUCAUUUUUUAUCCACCAAAGUGAGGUUCAUCUAUCAACGAUUAACCAACUCUCAUCUGUCCGUGUCUCCACGACAUCUCGUCUCAUGGACUGUAUAGAGGUCUAUGUGAGUGACCCAUCCAUCCUAGAGAGUUUGUCCCCAGAGAAGGAUACACAGUCUGGAGCUGUGCUUCUGUAUCCAAUCAGAUUGAUUGAGUCAGCAGCUCUGUGGGAAAAAGACCAGAUUGAUGUACACAUUGAGAUGAUAUGCCAAAAGACAGGUCAAAGGGUCAAACUACCUGUAUUUGUCAGUCUUAUUGGUCAGAAGCCGGAUUACAUCAGUACAUACAGAGGGAGUGGCUGGCAGUCCUUGGUUCGUAACAUCUUCUACAAUUAUCAGUCCUGGCUCUUCAUCAUCCUGGUCAUCAUCCUCACAGCUCUAGCAGUCAUCAUUGGUUACCAUGCUGUGUUUGGACCGAAGUACAGAGCUGCCAAUGCAGGUGUAUUCAUGGGACCAGGAGGAGCUGCCACGCCCAUCAGCUACUCACCUCAAGCUGUGAUGUCUCCUCAGUACAAUCCAUAUGGAACCACACCCAAAACUCCAUACCUCUGGUCACCUGGAUACAGUCCUGUUGAUGGCACUACUCCCCGACAACGCAGGUCACCUUACCAACGCACACAGACACCUUGACUAUGAUCAGGAGCCAUGUUUUUUUCUCAUUGAUCUAUGUACGACAUUCCAACUGGAAUCUUAACCCAAUAUCUUACCUGGUUUAUGUUCUUUACAUAUGUACUGUCACUUUAUGUGUGUGUAAGUUAGUCCAUCACUGUAAUAAUAAACCGACAAAUGAAGGAGGAAACUAUCUUCAGCAAAACUGAAAUUGAUGCUUUAAAAUUA